CGCGUUAGAAACAUUCCUCUCCGAGAAGUGCAUCACCUUUUGCCACAGUCAAAAAAGUGUCCAUCGAAAAUCUUCCAGUACACCGCUUGUAGCAUCAUAACAUGGAUCGUUUGUUACGGCUUGGUGGCGGAAUGCCCGGAAUGAGCCAAGCACCGCCACCAUCGGAUGCACCGGUUGUGGACACGGCGGAGCAGGUCUACAUUUCUUCAUUGGCACUGUUGAAAAUGCUUAAACACGGCCGCGCUGGUGUUCCGAUGGAAGUUAUGGGUCUGAUGCUAGGAGAGUUUGUCGAUGACUACACCGUGCAGGUGAUAGACGUGUUCGCCAUGCCACAAACCGGUACGGGAGUGUCCGUCGAAGCCGUAGACCCUGUGUUUCAGGCUAAAAUGUUGGACAUGCUGAAGCAAACUGGUCGACCGGAAAUGGUCGUCGGAUGGUACCAUUCGCAUCCCGGAUUCGGAUGUUGGUUGUCGGGCGUGGAUAUCAACACUCAGCAAUCCUUUGAAGCGCUGUCCGAGCGAGCCGUUGCCGUAGUUGUCGACCCUAUUCAGUCGGUUAAAGGAAAGGUCGUAAUCGACGCGUUCCGACUGAUUAACCACAACACGCUAGUGCUCUGCCAGGAACCACGGCAAACGACGUCCAAUUUGGGUCAUUUGCAGAAACCAUCCGUUCAAGCGCUGAUCCAUGGUCUUAACCGGAACUAUUACUCGAUUAGUAUUAACUAUCGCAAAAACGAGUUGGAGCAAAAGAUGCUUCUAAACCUGCACAAAAAGUCAUGGAUGGACGGAUUGACACUGGCCAACUACGAAGAGCACUGCAGCAUAAAUGAGAGCACGAUCAGUGAAAUGUUGGAGCUAGCAAAGAACUACAAUAAGGCUUUGGAAGAUGAAGAAAAAAUGACCCCAGAACAGCUGGCUAUAAAGAACGUCGGCAAACAGGAUCCGAAACGACAUCUGGAAGAAAAAGUCGACACACUCAUGUCGAACAACAUCGUUCAGUGCCUGGGUGCUAUGCUCGAUACGAUUGUAUUUAAGUAAUCCACCUGGCAGACGGGAGUCCUUUCAUUCGUGAGUUUCUCAAUCAGAAUAAGAAUCCUUCAACUCAAAAUCUGCCUCCUCCUUGGGCGAUGUGUUGAGAUCUUGGGAGGAAAGCCGAUGCAACAACUUUCCUUUGUCAUAUUUGUGUUACAAAAAAGAAAUCAGUACUUCGGAUGGAAAAUUGUCAUAAUUUACUGGCAUUUUGUUGCUCUCUUGCAUGAUGACAGUAUCCCCUUUUGUCUGGGGAAUUGUUUUAUCACUUUCAAUUCCAGGAGAUGUGGCAGAUGGAUUUAAAAGAAAAUCCAUUCAACGGUAUGUAACCGCUGACUAUUAA